AUGAUUGACAGAACCACUCUCUGGCCAGAAGCAGUUCCUUUGUCCUCCAUCUCUAUUGAGGCUUGCGUGAGAGCUUUCAUCUCAACCUGGAUUUCUGUCAACUCUAACUUCAGACAGAGGAGCACAGUUCACAUCCUCCAUCUGGACCAGAGUCUGUCGGUUCCUGGAGCUGCUGACUCCGACUGGGGCUCACACCUGCCUCUGGUUUUGUUGGGACUCAGUUCUGUUCCCAAGGAAGACACAGGUUUCCCCAUCUCAGAGGUAGUGUACAGUUUUGCUCUGACGAUCCCUGGUGAAUUCCUAGACACCCCAGAGCUUCCAAGUUCUCAAUUUGUCAGCAAAAUAGAGAAGAGAAGAUGCCAGCAAACAACUUUCACUCGCUCCUCUGUAUCGGGUCCUUAUCUGGUUGUGGAGCGGCAGAGAAAGUUUCUUUGCCUCCAGAUUGGUACUAAGGUAGAUGCUGUUUCUCUGGACCAUUUAAAACCAGUGUUUUCUGACUUUCCAGUGGUUCCUGUGGCUCCUCCGCCUAGAGGAUGUCCUCCUCUUCAACCAGCAAAACAGCCUCCUGACCCAUCCUCCGCUGUGAAAAAGUCUGUGGUGUUCCUAAUCAAACCUGAAGUUAUACCAAGACGGAACCAUCACAGACAUGCCAGAGUAAGAAGUUCCUGCUCCUCCGGAUGUGAAGGCGUGGCAAGCUGGGGGUAUGGGUCAGAAUAUACAAACCCUAUAUGUGUGCACAUUUUUGAUCUCAGUGGACCAAGUGUUAGUAUUGGAACUAAUGUUUCCUGGACAGAGAUCAGGCCUUGA